GGUUGGCGAGUGAAGAUGGCGCUGAGCGUCCGGUGGGCUGUGUAACGGAGCGGAGCCGUUCGGUCUUCGGGUCCGCACUGGGUGAGGCCGCUCUCCUCCUUCACCGGGCCGGGCAGGGCAAGGGGAGGAGGCGGCGGCGCCGAGCCUGGUGACACCGCGCUUGGAGUGGUGGGAGGCUGCCAUACGGCAUUGUGAAUGACUGGCAGCCCCACCACCUUCCUGGAUAUCGAGAUUUGACCCGUGCUGGCCUUGAUGCAGAGCCUAGCAAUGCAGCCACCGCCCUCCAGAUCGUCACCAGGUGUCGCCAAUGCUGCAGGAGCCCCACCAACUGGGGGCAUCCCCAAUGCCUUCCGCCGCAACACCCCGUUCAGGCGUUCCAACACACCACUUUCAGGAGCCCCGCUGCCGCCGGUCACCGAUCCAUUUGGACUCAGUCGGCCGUCUCAUGCUGGUGAUUCAGCAGCACCGAACAACACCAACAGUGGAAGCCCGCUGCUCCCUCCACCUUUGCCCAGCCAGCAAGAUGGGAGUCCUGUCCCACCUCGGUGGUCCACAGACACUUUGCACACCCCUCAAGGGACGCUUCCUGGCCCGUCCACACCAGGCGAGCGGUCUGAACCGUGUGGUGCACCGGCACCUCUCGCCCCAACGUCGCGCUUUGGCGAUGGCCAGUCUUCCCCCGCGUCCCCUCCUACCGGCUCUGAUGCUGGCCAGGGCCUACCCUCCGAGCCAUCGUACUUUCACACAGGGCUAGGGCCAGAGGGUGGAGAGUUGGGGCCUCGUCAUGGCUCAACCCCUUCCCAAACAAGGAACCCCCAGGGGCAAGAACCACUCCCCUUUCUUCCUGGUGCACCUGCUUUUCCACCUCAACUCCAGCCAAGCUCCUCCUCCCAGUGGGUGGUGAACCAUGGCAGUCGGCCUCCCUCCGUCCAAAACUACUUUCAGCCUAGUGACCCCCAGACACAGGGUCUUGGCAGUUACUGUUCUCCUCAGGCCCAGCUUCCGCCUUUUCCAUCUCAGCAAAAUCAGGUUCCUGGCAGCUUCUCCCAGCAGCAGCAACAGCAGCAGCAUCCACCACCAGAGUCUUUUGCGCAGUUUGCUGGAGGAGAGUGCAAAGACAAUGGUCGGCCAGCUCCCUUCCACCACCCAUCCCAGCACCAACACACUUUCUCAGGCCCUGGCUUUGCCCACCCAGAGGACUGGGCACCCAGCUUCCCGCGAGAACCAUGUCCCCAGCAGGCUACCAGACCUGAGUGUCCUCCCUCUCAGUUGGGCCAUCCCCCAGACUCUGACCCAGGUACCGUUUCUAUGUUCUUCAAAGGGGGUGAGGUGGAGAAUAAAGAGACCCUAGCAAGCGACCUGCACCGUGGAGCUGGUGUUGUGACUGGAGACUCCUUUCAGCCGAGCGUUGGGUUGUUCUUCAGUGGGCUGCCUCCGCCUGAGCCGUGUGUAGGGCUUCAAGCAGUGGGUAGGGCAUCUAGCGUUGAACCCCAAGGCUUCCUUCCACAACCAUCCACCCAGUACGGUGUUUAUGGCCAGGGGUCUGGGGACCCUGGUGGCGUCACGGAUCCCACAAUGCCACAGCGUGGUGGCGAAGGGCUGACACUGGAAAAUGAUGAGAAUUCUGAAUUUGUACAGAACCAGGAAGUCCUGCCAAAUGAGCCUGAAAGGAUCCCUGUGGGAUUCCAGCCCAUGCCUGGAUUGGCAAACCAGGGGCAGCAUGUCACCAAAAACAUUGGAACGGCAGGGGGACCACCAGUGAAUCAGGAGACCCCAGACAUAACACCUAACCCGCUGCGAUCGGACAGCAUCUCUUCGAACCACAGCAGCGCCAGUCACAGCAGUGGCUCCAGUCUGCGUCGAUCCCAAGCUCCGCCAAACACUUUCAUCCAGCAAGAGAGUGGGAAGCCACCUACUGAUGCCGCCAACUCCUUCUUUGAGCAGAUAGAUACCUCCCCACUUGGUAGGGAGACAGAGGGUGCAGGGCGGACUAUGUAUUAUAGCCAGUUGCCGCAGCCCACCAGUCCUACACCUCCAAAGCCAAUGGCCACCUUCCAAGCCAGUGCUAACAGCUCGUUUGAGCCAGUGAGGGCACACGGACAGUUGGCAGUCAAAGCUGUUGAAGUGGAUCAAGCAAAUAUGGUGAUGGAGCUCAGCCAGAAUGCAGUCAGCACUGUGGGUCAGCGGCAAGGAGCUGCGGCAUCGGAUAUCUCUCCUGGCAACCUAGAAGAACCACCUGACAACAUGGAAAACAUCAGCAUCCCGCAGACUUGCUCAAAUCUCUAUGCAAGCCCGGGGGCUCCUGAGAAUAUGUUGCGAACCAUGUCAGAGAUGUCAGAGAAGAGACCAUCUUUGAGAAUUCAUGGUGCCCGUGCAAAAGCUGAGAGCCCAGCUGCCACCCUGUGGGCACAGAAUGAGCUGCCGAACUUCAGUGCUGGUAUUUUGCUGGCACCAGCUGCUCCAACUGUGCCCGCGGCUGCCAAGGAGCCUUGUGCUGAGGUUGUCCAGCCCCCUGAAGAUGGCAGCAAGGAACCGUGCUACCCUGUGCUCACAGGAAACAUGGAGAAUCCUCCCCAGGCACCUGAAGAUGGAGCCCCAAAAGUCCAGGCAAGUUCCAGCUAUGCCACGCUGCUGAUGCCAUCUCUGGCUGCGCCAAACCCACCCGUGCUACUUGCUCGGCCUCUUCAAACCAGUUCCUCCGCUCCAGUGUCCAGCUCUGACCGGCCUCUCCGAGAUCGAGGCGAUGGCCAAAGUGUCUCCUUUGCAAGCCCUGCACCACCAAAUUCUGGCCUUACCACUACGCUUGGAUCGCCAUCAGCCCAGACUCCACUCAAUCUGGCUGCAGAUGGUCACCUCGACCCGAGGUUUGCUAGUGGAGGACCACCAAGGGACACUGCCACCCCUGCAAACCCCUCCUCUAGCCAAGUACCUGGCGCAACCAUAAUUGCCCCGACUUCCGCUCUUCAGCCACGCAGUGACGUCAGUAAAGACGAUGCAAGAAACCAAAUUUUUCAUCAACCUGAGUCAUCUGCCAACUGUGAGCUGCUUGAUUUCACAUUGCGCCGCACUCCGCCUAAUCAGUCCAUCGCCAAUGCUAAUCAACCUGCUUCCCUGCCACUUAAUGAUACCACACAGCACGCUCCUCCUUGCCAGACAUAUGCCGCAGGGCUCUGCAUUAAUGACAAACCAGGUUUCUAUCUGCAGGUCACCAAAGAUGUCCAGCAACAGCCGAUGACCACAAUGACAGGACAGCAGGCAGCACCUCCGCCGCUCCCAUCCACUGCUCAUGAUUCUAGCCAGCAUCAGCCGGGGUCAGUGCUGGCCAGCAGUCAUUACCCACCUGUGGGCUAUGGGUACCCAGGGUCAGGCUCUGCCCAGCCUGCAGCACAGCAGCAAUCAGUAGCUCAAGCUCCUGUAACAACAGCAGGAGCCCCCCAGCUGCCGUCUCAUCAAGAGGUACCACCGCAGCAUCCGUACGCCCCAGUCCUGCCACAGGUGGGGUAUGGUUAUUCCUAUCCCUAUGCAUACCAGGAUUACAGCACAGAUCCUCAGCAGGCAUUUGCAGUGCCUUACCCAUCAUACCCACCUCUGGAUCCCAGAAUUGGUCAGCAGAUGCCUUAUCAACCAGUGACUUCCAGAGGCAACCAUCCAUACUAUCAGGAUGACCCAUACCGGCGUUACAACGUCCGGUAUGCCAGAUAUGAUGCCAAUAAUGUAGGUUACAAGGAUCCAGAGAGGGAGAGGACCAGUCGACCCAGCUCCAGAGCAAGUCAGUCUUCUGACAGACCAUCCUCUAGGCAAGGAUAUACUGAAGACCCCUAUGGUGGAAGAGGUGGACGAGAGGGCUACGCUGGUUACUAUACGGACUAUUAUAGUGGCCAGUAUCAGUAUAGAGACCCAGCUCACUGGGAGAGGUAUGACCUGAGUGCCUAUGAUCCCGAUACAGAGACUAUAGAGAUUAUGACCGUCCCUACUGGUACUAUGGACCUUAUCAAGCACGGGAUCCUUAUUACCGGGAGCCCUACGGAGACAGGUGAAUAUGAGAUUUUCUACAACCAGGCAUUACUCUGCUCUCUUCUCCAUUGUUACAGUCGACGAGACCCAUAUACUGAUGAAUUUGAUCGGCGCAGUACGCACAGUGAACAGUCUGCUCACAGUGUCCUGAGCUCCCACAGUGUGAGGAGUCGGCGCAGCAGCUUCAGCUCCCAGUCUCAGCAGAGCCAGGUUUACAGGAGUCAACAGGAUUUGGCUGUCCCUUAUGAACAACCAAGUCAGACGACCAUCGCUACUGAUUACACAUAUGGGCAAUACUCAGAAAACACUGUGCAACCUAAUUACUCAGAUUAUCAGUAUGGAUAUCCAGCAGAAACAGGAUGGCAGCCUGUGGAGAGAGCUCCACCAAGACCUGUGACCCCAGAGAAAUUUACAGUUCCUCAUCUUUGUGUCCGGUUUAGCCCCGGAGGACAGUUGCUGAAAGUGUUGGGCAACCUCCCUUCAGAAGGACAGCCUGCUUUGGUUGAAAUACAUAGCCUGGAGACGAUACUGCAGCACAUGCCUGAACAAGAGGAGUUGAGGAGCUUCCCAGGGCCACUAGCAAAGGAAGAGACUCAUAAAGUUGAUGUCAUUAACUUUGCUCAAAACAAGGCCACAGAAUGCUUAAGAAAUGAUGAGCUUCUAGAUAAGGAGUCUGCCAACUUAUUAUGGGAGCUAAUUGUUCUGCUGUGCAGGCAAAAUGGGACAGUUAUCGGUACAGACAUCGCAGAGCUCCUGCUGCGGGAGCACCGAUCCGUCUGGCUUCCUGGCAAAUCACCAAAUGAAGCCAAUCUGAUCGACUUCAACAACGACUUGGUCCCACGUGCAGAGGAUGAGGCCUGUACAUCUCUCCUUGCUGACAGCUUCCUUGAUGGCAAUGCAACAGAGUGUACCAGCAAGGAUACAGAGCGUUUCCGGGAGUUGCUGCUCUUUGGCCGUAAGAAGGAUGCCCUGGAGUCUGCAAUGAAGCAUGGUUUGUGGGGUCACGCUCUGUUACUUGCCAGCAAAAUGGACAGUCGGACACAUGCAAAGGUCAUGACCAGGUUUGCCAAUAGCCUGCCUAUUAAUGAUCCUCUGCAGACAGUGUACCAGUUGAUGUCUGGGCGCAUGCCAGCUGCAGCCACAUGUUGUGGAGAUGAGAAGUGGGGAGAUUGGCGACCCCAUCUUGCCAUGGUGCUGUCCAACCUUUCCAAUGGACCAGACUUGGACAGGAGAACCAUCACUACCAUGGGAGACACACUUGCUGCCAAGGGGCUAUUAGACGCCUCUCAUUUCUGUUACUUGAUGGCACAGGUUGGAUUUGGAGUAUACACCAGAAAAACCACAAAACUCGUUCUGAUUGGUUCAAAUCACAGUUGGUCAUUCCUGAAAUUUGCUUCAAAUGAAGCCAUCCAGCGCACAGAAGCAUAUGAGUACGCACAGGCUUUGGGCGGCCAAACUUGCUUCCUCCCCAACUUUCAGGUGUUUAAAUUUAUUUAUGCAUGUCGACUGGCUGAGAUGGGCUUGGCAGCACAAGCCUUUCACUACUGUGAAGUCAUCGCAAGGACUGUCCUCAGGAAUCCAGCAUAUUAUUCACCGGUGUUAUUGAGACAGCUCAUUCAGAUUUCCUCCCAGCUGCGAUUCUCUGACCCUCAGUCAAAGGAACGGUCAGAACAAGAGUUGCACGUGGAACCAGAUUGGAUUCAGCAGCUCCGACAGAUGGAAAUCCAAGUAAAGGAUGGCGGCUUUAUUUGUGGGUCAGGUAGAGCCACUCCCCAGCCAUUCUGCUCUAGCACUCCCAGUUCAGAAUAUGACCAGGUGAACCAUGCUGAAGAGCUUCCUACAGGCACCCAGGAGGAGGUCACAGGAAUGGAAAAUCCACUGAUGACAUCUUUUCCGCCUGAUGCAGGAUCAACAGAGGUGCCAGGAGUUCAGCUCGUGCCCCCAGCUCCUCAUGCUGUACUGAAUGGGAGGAUGAUGGUAGCCCCACCCUCGCAGUCGAUGACUGAUGGAACUGUUCCCCUGUAUUCACCUACUCAUAGUUCACCUGGCUUUCCAGGACAAUCACCCAACUCUGCUUUCAGGCAACCUUGUGAUCUGUCUAAAGGCCCCUUCUCUGCAGGACUGCCUGGACCUCCACCAGGACCCCCAGUAGAGGCUCUGCCAACUGUGCAGGAACAACAGGGACAAGACAAUGCAGGCUCUCCAGAAUUCAAUUCCAUCAAUCACCAAAUAUCGCCGAAAAGACACAGCUUUGGGGAAUCCGGGCAGCUGGAUUUCUAUGAUCAAAUGGCCAAAAUGGCCCCGGGAAGAAGAUCAAGGUCAGCGUCUCAGUCAUCUUUGCACAUGCCAUAUGGGAGGCGCUCACGAACGACCUCUGAGUCAUCUAACCAUAGCAUGGGCCGGGAGAGGCAUCGCUCAGCAGCUAACCAGCCAACACUUCCACCUCAACCAGAGGUUGUUCCCAGCACAACUCAGGAGGGGAAGAAAGAACCUAAACUGGAGCAACCUGAGAGCAAAAAAGCAAAGGGUGGGUGGCUAAGCUGGUUACGGUCCAGCAAAAAGAAUGAAGCCCAUUUACCAGAUGACAAAAAUAAAUCGAUUGUGUGGGAUGAGAAGAGGCAGCGAUGGGUGAACUUGAAUGAACCAGAGGAAGAGAGCAAGCCUCUCCCACCACCGCCGAGCCUACCCGUAGCUACCCAUCCCUCAGGUUCUGCUCCCUCAUCCACUGCCACAGGUAGCCCUCCAUCUGUCAACAGGUUCUCCAGAAAAGCAGGUACAAAAGCUCGUUAUGUGGAUGUACUGAAUCCCAGUGGACCCCGGCCAAAUGGGGGUCUCCCGCCUCCGGUUGACCUUUUUGCCCCCCUAGCACCAAUGCCUAUCCCCACCAAUCUGUUUGUGCCGAUGCCAGGUGAGGGACCUCAGCCUCCUGAAGGAAGCCCAGCAGAGACUUCACAGUCCGUGGAACAGACAAACUCUGAGGCAAAUUCACAGGCUCAGGUCCCUCCUGCACAGGGAGGCUCUGCACAAGGAACUGUUCAGUUUUACAAUCCUGCUCAGUUUACCCAACCCACAGCCAGCACUACGGCUCCGAGACCAGGGCGGUUCGGGCAAAGAAAAUAUCCAAUGUUAAAGUAAAGAAAUAUAGAACAAACCCUGGAAUAAAUAAUAUUGUAAACCCUUAAUGGGGAUGGAUGCAGAUGAUGUGUUCUGGGCAUUUGCAAUUACAGGUGAUUAAACUAGAAAGAUGUACAAUUAAAAUCAUUAAAUUGUAAGGGCUUCAGACAGAACAAUUUUUGAGGUAGAGCUCUGAGAGGUGCCAAGGGACUGAAAAUGAAGCUGUAAAAAAAAAUAAACUUUUUCCAGAUGUAACGAGUCAAAUAAAACCAAGCUUGGGGGGUGCUGUAGCUGAAAGGCUUAUUGGUCACACUGGAUUGUGCUUUUAAAAGAAACACAUACCCUCUGACUGUGACUGUAAAUGUAGAGAGUGUCUACCAUGCAGUCAAAUUGGCAUAUCAGAUUGGCACAUCCAGGAAAGCCCAGCUCAAAAUGUUAGGUUGGCUGUAACAUUUUUUUUUCAAAUGAGCAAAAUGUAUUUGGGAAGUUGUUUUUGGGGGUGGGGGGGGUGGGUGGUCACUGUGGGAGGGUUAAUGGAUAGAAAUGAUAAAAAGAUUGUCUCUGACCAUUUGUAUUUAGGUAAUAUAUAUAAGGCUGUUGUAAAAGAGUACUGUAUAGCCAGAUCCACCUGUUGUACAUUAAUACUUUGAAAUAUCUGGAGUACUGUGUGAAUAAAUUUUAGCAGAUGUAAUAUAGAAGUUUUCUCUCUCUCUUAUUCUGGAAGACAAUGUGACAGGACAUGGGAGGAGAUGGUUAGAAAUUCCAGAUUAUUUGAGAGGCUUGGUGGGAGGUGCCCUCAAAAGAUCAGCUCCUCAAAUUCAACAGUAUUCUGAAGGUGAUGUUCAUUUGUCUGUCAGGCAGCAACAUAAAAUCACCAUGAAAAUGCAGUGCAAUUUCAGAAUCGUGAUGUACAGAAUGAAUCAGCUGAUUUAAUGCCCUUCAAUGUGAUUUCCCCUCUUUACCCUUCUGCCACCACCUGAUUUCCCAGAUCCACUGUCUUUAACAUUCUCCCUGUUUUUGAUUCCAAAGAAUUACUUUCUCUUGUGAAGACUGCACAAUAUUUCAAAUUCAGAGGCUUUCUUGCCUAAGGAGUUUAUUUUCUUAUGUUUUAAGGAUGCACACUGUAAAAUGAAAUAAAAUAUUUUGCGUUCUGGAAUACUCUUAACUAUUUGCUGGGACUGCAUUUUGUUGUAAAACAGUAACUGCACUUCCAUCAAAACUCCUUCCCAUUUAAAUACAGCUGCCCUUGGAACAGGAAAACACAUGUUUGGCUAGGAUGCAGACAUUCUGUUAUCCAGUUGAAACCUGCUAACUUUAGUGUAAGGUCAUGAAGAGAAUUCAUGAGAGAUUUACUGAGAUGAGAGGAUUUAGCUAUGAGAAACUAAGGUUCAAAAAAUACCUUAUUUAGGAAAUUCUGAUGGAGGGAUCCAAAAUGGAGACCUUCUUUGACAAGGAAAAAUUUGUUCUAAAGAAUAAAUAACUGGUGUGCACUGAAUAUUCAGCUUCAAAUAUGUAGAUGGAUAUAGUUGCCUCUGCUGAAACAUUGGAGGAAUUGGAUGAUGUAAGGGCUUUAAGAGGGAAUGCAUCAUAUGAGAAGGGCAGCACAGUGCUGCAGUUAGCAGAGCCACUGCCUUGCAGUGCCCGAGGCCUGGCCUCAAUCUUGACCGUGGGUGCUGUCUGUGUGGAGUUUACAUGUUCUCCCUGUGAUUGGGUACUCUGAUUUCCUCCCACGUCCCAAAGACAUGCAGAUUGAUAGGCUAAUUGGCCACUGCAGAUUGCCCCCAGUGUGUAGAUGUGGUAGAAUCUGAAAGUAGUUAAUGAGAAUGUGGGGAGAAUAAAAAAUAAGAUUAAUGUGGGAUUGCACAAGGAGACAUGAGAUUCUGCAGAUGCUGGAAUCUGGAACAACACAAUGCUGGAGGAACAGCAGGUCAGGCAGCAUCUGUGGAGGCGGAAUUUGUUGAGAUGCAGCGUAGGGGGAUGAAGGUAAAGCCCCUGCUAAUGAUGGAGUGUUCUGCCUCAGUGGAAGGUCAGAGGGUAUAGUGAAGGCAUGGCAGGGUUUGGAGCUGGGGUCCAUGGAUGCUGCCUGACCAGAGUUCCUCUAGCAUUUUGUGUGUUGAUGUAGGAUUAGUGUGGAUGGGUGGUUGAUGGUGCAGACUGGUGAGCUGAAGAGCCAUUUCGAUGCUGUAUCUCUGUAUGACCCUGAGAAAAGUAAAAAGGGGUGGCAGAAAAUGCUGGAAUAUUCAGCCCAUCAGGCAGCAUCUGUGGAAAGGAAAGUUGCAACAUGCCCAGAUGCAAAAUUAUGGAACAGCACUUUUUAAAAUUUUAUUUACAAUGUGGUAACAGGCCCUUCUGGCCCAACGAGUCCGCGCCAUCCAUUUUAAACCCAAAUUAACCUACCUGUACGUUUUUGGAAUGUGGGAGGAAACCGGAGGAAACCCACGCAGACACGGGAGAACGUACAAACUCCUUACAGACAGCGACGGGAAUCGAACCCCGAUCGCUGGUGCUGUAAUAGCAUCACACUAACUGCUACGCUACCGUGCUGCCCACAAUCUGGUCAUGUUGCAGCCUUUCAGCCUUGAUAGCAAAUUCUCCAACUUUAAGUGACUUGCUUUCUCUAUAUGUAUCAGAACUGGCCAGUGCUGCUGUAGGUCAUCCUUCUGUUUUUCUUCCUCUUUAUUAGCACAGCCUGACCUGCUGGGCAUGUCCCACACCCUUACUAUUUGCAACACAUUACAUCUUCUACCUGCCCCAUUGACUGGAGGUCCAUAUAACUUAUCAAACAGCAACCUUGGUCUUGC